AGUGCAGUAUGGUAAUGACUCUCAUCUCAUCCCUCCUUUUCUCCAUGCCACCUAUCCACUCUAGUCUAUACCGUUCUUCUGUCUUCUUCUGUCCUGGUUUAAUUUACAGGUUAUUCAGGCAGAUCGCGGUGAGAAAUGCAAAAGAUAAAGCAUCAUCUUGACAGAGAAAACACUUGCAGUGUGAUCGAUUCUGCGAUGUACGGAUUACUUGAAGGUUUCUGGGCUGGAGGAAGUUUUGAUUUAAUUGUUUAAUGUCUGAUCAGCGAACCUUGUGACAGACCAUAAAGACAGCAUGACAGGACAAGUGCUCGAGGAGAGUGCAGAUUUAAAAGCCCACAGGCUCUCGGUGAAGACCUCCAUGGAAGACGAUUCAGAGAGAGCAGACAGCACGCUGAGUCGCGGCCAUUCUAUAUGUGAUGACACGUCCUCAGAGUUACAGAGGAUGGCCACACUGGAGCCACGUGGACCAAACUCUCAGAACUCCUUCCGUGGACGAGGAGCUCUGUCGAGGUUGGUGAGCAUGGUAGUGACGCUCCGAGAAUGGGCUCAUAAGAGUCUUCAGGAAGAGGAAGAAAGGCCAGAUUCGUUUCUGGAGCGUUUCCGGGGGCCUGAACUUCGCAUCACGCACAGCCGCAUCAGCAGCAAUCAUCCUGAUCCGCAAGACACCAGCGUCAAAACCAAGAAGAAGUCAGACGUGUUCAUUCUUGCACCAGCAGAUGACAUGUACUACAACUGGCUGUUUGUCAUCGCCGCAGCUGUACUCUACAACUGGUGCCUCCUGGUGGCGAGGGCCUGCUUUGAUGAACUUCAAACCACGAACUACAUUCUGUGGCUGGUUUUGGAUUACCUCUCUGAUCUGGUCUACAUACUGGACACCUGUGUGAGGCUCAGAACAGGUUUCCUGGAACAGGGUCUUCUAGUGAAGGACCUCAAAAAGUUAAGACAGAGCUACAUCAACACUCUCCAGUUUAAGCUAGACCUAUUGUCCAUCCUGCCCACAGAUCUGGCCUACAUUGCUACAGGUAUCCAUGUGCCUGAGCUACGCUUCAAUCGCCUGAUGCGCUUUUCUCGCAUGUUUGAGUUCUUUGACCGCACUGAGACUCGCACCAGCUACCCAAACACGUUUCGCAUCAGCAACUUGGUGCUCUACAUCUUGGUCAUCAUCCACUGGAAUGCCUGCAUCUACUUCGCCAUCUCCAAGUCUCUCGGCUUCGGGUCGGACCAAUGGGUCUACCCCAACAUUUCGCAUCCGGAGUUUGGCACCCUGACCAGAAGUUACAUUUACUGCCUCUACUGGUCCACACUGACACUCACCACCAUUGGUGAAAUGCCCGCACCGGAACGUGAUGAGGAAUAUAUCUUUGUGAUCUUUGACUUCCUAGUAGGCGUCCUUAUCUUUGCUACCAUUGUAGGCAACGUGGGAGCCAUGAUAUCCAACAUGAAUGCCACACGUGCCGAGUUCCAAGCCCGCAUCGACGCCAUCAAGCAUUACAUGAAGUUCCGCAAGGUUAGCAAAGAACUGGAGGCCCGGGUCAUUAAAUGGUUUGAUUAUCUUUGGACCAACAAGAAGACGAUCGAUGAGCAAGAAGUGCUUAAAAACCUUCCCAACAAACUGCGGGCUGAGAUCGCGAUCAAUGUGCAUUUGGAAACCCUCAAGAAGGUGCGCAUCUUUCAGGACUGUGAAGCAGGGCUGUUAGUGGAGCUUGUCCUAAAGCUGCGUCCACAGGUCUUUAGCCCCGGUGACUACAUUUGUCGUAAGGGUGACAUUGGGAAAGAGAUGUACAUCAUCAAGGAAGGCCGGUUAGCAGUGGUCGCUGAUGAUGGGGUGACUCAGUAUGCACUUUUGACAUCUGGUAGCUGCUUUGGUGAGAUUAGCAUUCUCAAUAUCAAGGGAAGCAAAAUGGGGAACCGCCGAACAGCCAACAUCCGCAGCAUCGGCUACUCGGACCUCUUCUGUCUCUCCAAGGACGACUUAAUGGAAGCUGUAAUGGAAUACCCGGACGCCAAAAAGGUGCUGGAGGAGAGGGGCCGGGAGAUCCUCCGGAAGGAAGGCCUGCUUGAGGAGCUGGGACUUGGGGGCCUUACAGGUGAACAAAUGGAGGAAAAAGUGGAGCAGCUCGAGGCCUCACUGGACACCCUGCAGACCCGUUUUGCUCGGCUGCUGGGGGAGUACACAACCACUCAGCAGAGACUCAAACAGAGGCUCACCGCCCUGGAGUGCAGGCUGCAGCACUCGGGCAGUGGCUAUCUCUCUGACGGCAACGAGAGCAUUACUGAUGGUGACGGUACUCACAGUGAGGUGAACAUUCAGCUGUGAACACAACUGUUUCCCAGUGAGGUGGGAAAAAUGAAGCCAUAGUGAAAACAAAGAAAGAUUGUAUGAUAUGUUAGUAAUAGCAUUCACUUUAGUUCAAAUAUUUAGUGUUUUUUUAUACACCGAUCAGCCAUAACAUUAUGACCACCUGCCUAGUAUUGUUUUGGUUCCCCCUUUUGCUUCCAAAACAGUCCUGACCCAUCAUGCACUGUGUAUUCUGACACCUUUCUAUAAGAACCAGCAUUAACUUCUUCAGCAAUUUGAGCAACAAUAGCUCGUCUGUUGGAUCAGACAACAUUAGCCAGCCUUUGCUCCCCACAUGCAUCAAUGAGCCUUGGCCAUCCAUGACCCUGUCACUGAUUCGCCACUGUUCCUUCCUUGGACCACUUUUGAUAGAUACUGACCACUGCAGACUGGGAACACCCCACAAGAGCUGCAGUUUUGGAGAUGCUCUGAUCCAGUGGUCUAGCCAUCACAAUUUGGCCCUUGUCAAACUCGCUCAAAUCCUUACGCUUGCCCAUUUUUCCUGCUUCUAACACAUCAGCUGGUGUAUAUUACAGGUUUUGGGGGUAGAAUUCUUCAGUGAAUUGUUUUAGCUACAGUUUAUUAUUAUUUUGGUUUAAAUCCUUCUGUAGGCUGCAUAAACAACACAACAUAAAUGACUCAUCACUUUUAUAGGAAUCAUUAUCAUAAGAAUUAACAGUUUACAGUUAUCCUAAACAAGUGAACAAAACAAUGUAGCUUUCAAAGCAAACAGCUUUUACUACAGUGAAGCUCAGGCGACUUGCCAUGACAGAUAAACAAUACUUUAUCAUCAUUAUCGUAAUUUUUCUGUGUUUUCAAUGUGCAAGCUGCCUAUCUAAUAUUUAAAUGUAUUUCUCUUAUUAGCAUCAUUUAUUCUUAAAUAUGAGCUUAUAAAUAUAUUCUAAAACAUAUUUCCUUGUUUAUUAUUAUUAUUAUUAUUAUUAUUAUUAUUAUUAUU